AUGCUUUCCACAGCAGAAAAAAUAUUUUCUGGAAUUUCUAAUUUGAAAUCUAGAUAUUAUAAAUAUUUGGAAAAACUUUGUAUUUCAAAUGGAAUAGAUAUCUCACAAUUAAAAAAUGAAGGAAACAAACAAAAUUGCCUUGAAAUGUUUUUUGGUGGUUAUAAUGUUCUUGUAGGGUUAAAAUAUUUUUCAAAUUUAAAAAUACUUAAAUUGGUGAAUCAAGAAAUUGUAAGUCUUCGUCCAUUAAAUGAGCUUUGUAAUACAUUAGAAGAAUUUUGGUUAGUUGAGGGAAUAUUAUGUGAUUUAACAGGAAUUGAAAGUUGUAAAAAAUUAAAAAAAUUAUAUUUAUAUGAAAACAAAAUUGAGGAUGGAAAAUUAAUUGGAACUUUAAUUAAUCUGGAAGUAUUAUGGAUAGAAAAUAUUAUAGAAUUAAAAAUAAAUGGAAUUCAAUGUACAGAUUCAAAUUUAUUAAGUAUUGACAUUUGGCCAUCAAAAAUAAAAGUUUUAGAUAUAUCAUGUAAUAAUUUACAUUCUAGUCAGUCAUUAUUACUUCUUGGUAGAUGUAAAGAAUUAGAAAAUAUUUAUAUUGAUUGGAAUUUUGAGAAUGAAUCUUUAUUAAAAUGUUCUAUGGAAUUAUUGGAAUUUUUACUUUAUCAAUUUCCUUCUCUUAAAGCAAUUAAUGGAGAAUAUAUAAAUGAAAAUCAAAAAAUACUUAUUAAAGAAUCUGCUGAAAAAAAAUUACACACAACUAUGGCAACUGUAAUACAACAAAAUGAUAUUUUAAUAAAUGGAUUAAAUAAUAUUGAAAAAAAUUUUAUAAAUAUAAGAGAAAAACUUUGUUGUUAUGUUUUAGGAUUAAACAAAACAAGAACAAAUACCUCAAAACGUGAGGGUCGAAGACAUGUUGCCAAUCGUUUAUAUGAACAGUGCUUAUAUAAUUUACGAAAUUUAAAAAAAAUAAAAAAUAUGGCAAUUGAAUAUGAAUAUUUAUCAUAUAUUUUUAGAAAAUAUUUUAUUUAUGUUAAUAAACUUGAAUCAACUGGAAAAAAAAAAUUCUGCAUGUUAAAUGAAUCAGAAGAAAAAAUUUUAGAUAACAUGUUAACACAUCAUUUCACUUUAUCAAAAAGUCAUAAAGUAAAAAUUUUAUUUUCUUAUAAAAUUGGUUGUGAUAUGGAGUUAAUAGAAGAGAAAGAUAUAGAAAAUAUUUAUUGCUUAGGGUGUCCAAUAAAAUUAGGAAAAUCAAAUUUAACAUGGAGUUUAUCACUCAUUCUUCAAUUAAUUGAUAAAAAAGAAUUAAGUAAAAGUGAAAAUGCAGAAAAUUUAGAAAUAUUUAAAAAUCUUGCAAGAAUGUUUGGAAAUGAAGAAGUUAAAAAGAGUGAAAUUAUAAUAGUACCAUUUAUGGAAUAUUUUAAGAAAAAAGAAGAAAAAUAUGAGAAAACAUUUAAUGAAAAUGAAUUUGAUGACAUAGAUACUGAAGAAAUUGUUCAUUGGAGUGAUUUAACUUUGAAAAUUUUGACAAUUUUAGAAAUUAAAGUUAUAGAUGAAUAUUCUGUUAAUAUGAUUAGGGAUUAUGAUAUAUUUGAAAAAGAAGUAACAAGUCAAGUCAAAAAAUUUCCAAAUAUUGGUAUUGAUAUUUCUAUAAACAAAAAAAUUACAAAUCAAGAUGAAGCUGACCUAUCUGAAUUAAUUAAAGAAGAUAAAGAUAAAAAAGAAGUUUCAAAAAUUAAAAAAAUGACAGAUGCAAUUAAUCAAAAAAUACAUUGGAUUGGGUGGAGCAAAGAAAAAUAUGUAAAUUGUCAAAGAAUAUUUACUACAAGAAGUUUUAUGAAUUUAUUGCUUAAUUUUGGAAAUAGAGCUUUAUUCAUUGAUAUGAUUGAUUUUCAAUCAAAUGUAACAAUUCUUGAUUUAUCUUUUAUGAAAAUAACAAAAUUGGAUGAUCUUCAGAAAUUUAACAAAUUAACAUAUCUGGAUCUUUCUAAAAAUAGUUUACAUACAAUAAAAAAAUUAGAUGAUAUAGAAACAUUAAAAUAUCUUGAUAUUUCAUAUAAUUUAAUAUCAAAAAUUGAAGAUUUACCAAAAAGUAUAAUGCAUUUUAAUGGAGCUGGAAAUAAUUUGUCACAAAUUGAAUUUUUAGAAAAACUUAUUAAUCUUGAAUAUGUUGAUGUAUCGAAUAAUAAACUGAAUUCUUUAAAAGGAUUAAAUAAUGCAAUAAAUUUAGUCUAUCUGAUAGCAUCAUAUAAUAAUAUAACUGAUAAACGUGAAUUAGAUAUAUUUGAAAAUUUUCAAUUUAUGAAAUUUUUAGAUUUGGUACAUAAUCCAAUUUGCCUUAUUGAUGGAUAUAAAAAAAAAAUUCUUAUGUUAAAUAAGAAUAUUGAUUACCUGGAUCGAGAAUAUAUAGAUAAAAAUUAUAUUAAAAAAAAUAGUAACACACAAAAUGGAAAACUUUUAACAAUUGAAUUGAUAGAAAAUUUAGACAAAAAUUGGAGUAACUGUGAAUGUUUAAAUUUAGAGAACAAAAAUAUUCAAACAAUAGCAUUAAAUUUAGAUACAAUACAAAAAAUGAAUAAAUUAAAAAAAUUAAUUUUAUCCAAAAAUAAAUUGACUUCAAUUGGAGAGUUAUUAAAUUUAGAAAAAUUAGUUGAAUUAAAUUUAAAUGAAAAUUUAAUAACAUCAUUAGUAUUGGUAAAUACACAAACACCCAUUUCAAAUCUUUAUUUACCUCAUCUUGAAAUUUUAAAAUUAUCCAAAAACAUGAUGACAUCAUCAACUUUAGGAAAGUUAAAUUUAAAAUACUUGAAAAAUUUAAAAGAAAUUGAUCUAAGUGGUAAUAUUAUAGAUAGGAUUGAUUUUUCAAUUUUUUCAAAUUUACCUAAUCUUGAAAAGUUAUGUCUUCAAAAUAAUCAAAUUAAGACUCUUGUUCGGCGUCUUCUACCAAAAUUAAGUUAUUUAAAUUUAUCAUCAAAUAAAAUUAAAGAAAUUGAACAAAUUCAGGGACCUGAAUUGGUACAUUUAGAUAUAUCAAAUAACAAAAUAAUAACAUGUUCAUCACUUAAAGUUAUAUCAAAAAUGAAAAAACUUAGUUAUUUAGAUUGUCGGGGAAAUCCAGUAACAACUAGAAAAGUAUACAUUGAUUUUAUAAAAAGUCAAAGCAAAUCAUUACAAAUUCUUGAUACAAUUGAAGUUAGUAGUUUAUCAACAAUAUUAGGUCCAAUAAAAACUGGAAAAAAUUGUGCCAUAAUUGAGGAUAACAAAAAAAAGGUAAAAGAAUCAUCACAUCCAACAGAAUAUUUAGUAAUAAAAAAUAGACCUGAAAAAGAAUAUAGAGAAGAUUUUUUCUUUUGGGAAGGUAAUAAUUUUAAUUUAAUAAAACCAAAAUGGAAAGAUUUGAAACCAUUAAGAAGAGAAAGGAGAACAAAUAAUGAUGAUUACUUUUAUGGUUUAGAUGAUAAAAUCAAUAUAAAUGAAGAUAUUCUUUCAUUAAAAGGUACCAAAAUUGGGUAA